CAAAUGACAGAUAGGGUUGUCUACACUCGGGACGUUAGAAGAGGCGUGUAAACCCACCCCACCAGUUUUUCUACCAAAUCUUUGUAUCUGCUCUCAGCGCUGUCUCAACCCAGGCGUAAAAAGCUCUCCGAUCUCUCUCUAGAGCUUCAUCGCCAUGUCUCAGGUGGAUAACAGGAAUUCUUCAGCGGCAAAGCGAGCUCGAACUGACGGCAGUCGCAGGGAAGAUGACUGGACCUGCCCUAGCUGUGGAAAUGUCAAUUUUUCAUUUAGGACGACUUGCAAUAUGCGCAACUGUACUCAAUCGAGGCCAGCAGAUCACAACUCAAAAUCUGCUGCAAAACCCAUACAACCCAUGCAUGGCUACUCAUCCUCAGCUCCCUAUGUAGGCACUGGUGCACCCUCCUCGAUGUAUAUGGGUGUGCCACCUUAUGGAUCUUCUCUCUUCAAUGGAUCAUCUAUGUCUCCAUAUGAUAUUCCAUUUUCUGGGGGUUCUGCCUAUCCUUACAACUACAGCAGCCGCCUUUCUGGAGGCAGCCCGUAUAGACCCCUGCAUAUAGCUGGUCCAACACCUUAUUCUAGUGGAUCUAUGAUGGGAAAUGGUGGGAUGUACAGUAUGCCACCCCUGAUGGACCGCUAUGGCUUGGGUAUGGGUAUGGCCAUGGGCCAUGCUGGCAUGGGCCCAAGGCCUGGAUUUUUUCCAGAUGAUAAAUAUCAAAAGAAAGAUGGAACGCGUGAUAACGACUGGACAUGUCCUAAAUGUGGAAAUGUCAACUUCUCUUUUAGAACAGUUUGCAAUAUGAGGAAGUGCAAUACUCCAAAGCCCGGACCUCAGGCUGCGAAAUCUGAUUCCAAUUCUAAACACAAGAUGCCCGAUGGGAGCUGGAAGUGUGAGAAAUGCAAUAACAUAAACUACCCUUUUAGGACCAAAUGUAACAGACAAAACUGUGGGGCUGAUAAACCAUCUGAGGGACAGAAAUCCCCUUCAGAACCAGCUGAUGAAAACGAUCAGUGAGUUCUAUAGGAAAUGUUUGUGGGUUGAGAAAGGUCCAGAGUCGUCGUCGUCCGGCUAUGCUCAUUAUGGGUGUCCGAAAGUCAGUCAUGUCGUCGUCGUCGUCGUAUUGCCGCACUUGUCAAGUUUAUUCUGCCUUCUCAUGAUCUGUGUCGAGUUGUAUUAAUAAACUGGGAUUUGGUAUUUGUGGUCUAGUAUGGAUCUUCUUUAUUCAUAUUAUGCAUUGUGUCUGCCAGUUUUGUCUGGUAAGAAUUUUAAGGGAGGUUAUCGUUACUUUUUAAGACAGGAUUUUGCCUAUCUGUUUUAGUGGGUUUGUUGACAAAUAUGCAUAAGAUUGAGCUAUAUAGGCUAUAUAUAAACUGUAUAUAAUUGUAGGUCUUAA